UGCUAGUGCCGCCGCAGACGUGAUACUGAGUUCUUCGCGUUUGGAGGUAAAUUGGAAGGCUCCGAAAAUGAUUUUGAUUACUUUGACCCUGGGUUUGCUGGCGAUCUGGCUGCUGUAUGUUGUUUUGACAUGGAACUACAACCACUGGAGAAAGCGAGGAGUACCGGGUCCCAAGCCCAGUCUAUUCGUAGGUAACUACCCCCACAUGUUUACUAUGAAGCGACAUCUCAUCUACGAUCUGGACGACAUCUAUAAGCAGUAUAAGCACAAGUACGACGCAGUGGGCAUUUUUGGCUCUCGCUCUCCACAGCUUCUGGUGGUCAAUCCGGAGUUGGCUCGUCGCGUAUUCGUGUCCAACUUUAAGAACUUCCAUGACAACGAGAUUUCCAAGAACAUUGACGAGAAAACCGAUUUUAUUUUCGCCAACAAUCCCUUCUCGCUGACUGGCGAAAAGUGGAAAUCUAGGCGGGCAGACGUGACUCCUGGUCUAACAAUGGGACGGAUUAAGACAGUCUACCCAGUGACAAACCAGGUGUGCCAGAAGCUGAGCGAGUGGGUGGAGAAGCAAAUACGUCUGGGUUCUACAGACGGUAUUAAUGCCAAGCAUAUGAGCCUUUGUUUUACAUCCGAAAUGGUCACCGAUUGCGUUUUGGGAUUGAAGGCUGAAAGUUUCUCGGACAGGCCCACGCCCAUUAUGUCGCAUAUCAAUGAUCUCUUCAAUCAGCCCUGGACUUUCGUGCUGUUUUUUGUGCUGACCAGCAGUUUUCCUUCGCUGAGCCACCUGUUAAAGCUGCGCUUCGUACCGCCAAAAGUGGAACGCUUCUUCGUGGAUUUGAUGGGCAGCGCAGUGGAGGCCCGUCGCGCCCAAUUGGCCAAUGGAAAGCUGUUCGAGCGAACGGACUUCCUGGACUACAUCCUGGAACUCGGGAAAAAGCGGUCCCUGGACAAUCGCCAGUUACUGGCCUAUUCCAUGACCUUCUUGCUGGACGGUUUCGAGACGACGGCCACGGUACUGGCCCACUUGCUGCUCAACCUAGGCCGAAAUGCCGAGGCUCAGGAGCGUCUUCGCAAGGAGAUAAGCGCCCAUUUGCAGGAUGGCGUCAUCGCCUUUGACAAACUCAACGAUUUGCCCUACCUGGAUGCCUGUGUGCAGGAAACCAUCCGCCUCUUUCCGCCCGCCUUUAUGUCCAACAAACUUUGCACCGAAGCCAUCGAGAUCCCCAACAAGGAUGGGCCCAACUUUGUGGUGGAGAAGGGCACCACUGUGAUCGUUCCCCACUACUGCUUCAUGAUGGAUGAGGAGAUCUUUCCCGAUCCACAGUCCUUCCAGCCAGAUCGAUUCAUGGAGCCCGAUGCUGCCAAAACAUUCAGAGAACGAGGUGUUUUUAUGGGAUUCGGAGAUGGUCCUCGAGUGUGUAUUGGAAUGCGAUUUGCCACAUCACAGAUAAAGGCAGCCAUUGUGGAACUGAUCUCCAAGUUCAAUGUCAAGAUCAAUGCCAAAACUCGCAAAGACAACCAGUACGACCCAGCCCAAAUCAUCUCUGGUCUGAAUGGUGGAAUUUGGUUAGAUCUUGAAAAGCUUUAGAGAUGCAAUUAAUCCAUCAUUCCCAAGGAACUAUUAAUGGCCCAGUUACCCAGUGCAUCGCUCCAGUAUAUAUUAUAUGUACCUCCAGUGCGAUAGUUAAGCUCCCAUAAGCUUUUGACUUUGCUAUUGCUUUGUAUGUAUUUACAAUAUAUGGCUGUGUUUAAAAUUACUUAUGACGAACUAACUAGAGAAAAUUGUAAGUUUACUGAAUAGGAUGGACCUACAAUUUUAAAGUUAUGUUUUUAUUAAUAAAUAAUAUCUGGACAAUGUA